AUGGCAAGGAUAGAGGUGGACUUCCCACGUGGGAAACCUAUAAAGUUUGAUGACGACAGUUCAAGUGCCCAAACUAAAAAAAGGAAGAUAGAAGAAGACGACGAUAAUGAGUUAUUUCCAUCAGCGGACAAACGAAAACUUGAUAUCAAAAAAAAGAAAGCCAAGAAGGCCGUCGUUGCAGCUAAGCCUACCGAUGGUCUAUGGGUUAAGAACCUUAAUUAUGAGUACUUGACAGAGGGUGUUAUGGGAAUGGGAGUAGUUACAGAGAUUCAUGAAGAUAAUGUAAUUUUGGAAACAAUAGAUUCAUGUAAUGUGAAGCUAGCUGCUAAUCAAAUAGGAAAGACCUUCACAUCGCUCUUGAAAUCUGAGGAAGUUUCAUUAGAACAAAGUUUUGUAAUUGGUCAAAUGGUUCCUUUCAAAGUUAUAAAAGAGUACAAAAAAACAGAAGGUCCAAAGCAGUCUAAAAGUAAAGUUGAAUUUCCCGCAGUGACUUGUGAUCCUUCCAAGUUAAAUAGUCAUCUAGUACCCUCCAAAAUAGAAUGCGGUCUUACCAUUCAUGGUAUUGUAUCGAGUAUCGAAGAGAAAGGUGCUGUAGUGGACUUGGGUUUACAAAAUGCGAAAGGAUUCUUGGCGGUUGAUAAGCAACCAUCUAAGGGAAUAUUCGUAGGCCAGCCUAUUUUAACUCGUGUAGAAACUAAUGGGGGAAGAGUUUUACAACUCAACUCCUUUGUUGAACAAGACAAUCUCAGUGUACAAGCCUGUGAUCGGCUUCAAUUGUCUACAUUCAUGCCAGGAACUAUCGUUGAAUGCUUACCAAGUGAAGAUGAACCUUUAGCUAGAGGAGUUAUUGUUACUAUGGGCAAUGAUGUGAAAGCUCUUAUUCAACGCAAAAAUCUCCCUCCACGGUUAAGAGCUGAUACCAAACGAUUCACUAGACCUAUCCGUUGUGUUGUUAUGGUAUGUGCACAAAAUGCAAAUAUUUUCAUUUUGUCUGCACAUCCUGAUAUUGUUGCUGUUUCUAAACCAGAGAAAAGAACAUCAUUUUUGGAUAUCAAAGUUGGAGAUAAGAUUAAAGGAACUGUCCUAGAAACCAACUCGUUCAACAAUGCCGUCUCAUUUUCAUUACCUGUUGGUGAUGAUGGGAAAACACCUCUAUUAACUGCUUUUUCUUUCUCACCUUUACUUCAUCUCGAUGAGGACUUUGAUUCGACAUAUCCCUUUGGAUCCACACACAAUUGUAGAGUUUUGAGCUAUCGAUAUGCAGAUCGAACCUUGUUAGUAACUACGCGUAAAGACAAAAUUAAGCAGAGCGCAGUUUCUUAUUCAGAGUUUACUGCUGGUCAAAUGGUGGAAGCCAAAGUAGUCAAAGUUAACGAUAGUGGUGCUCUCGUCGUUAUUAACGAAGACGUGAGGGGUUUCCUACCGGCGCUUCACAUUGCUGAUGCUCAUGUGGAUAUUGCGAAAGCAUUCCCAGUUGAUAAAGUAUUCAAGUGUCGAGUGCUUGCUGUUGAUCACGAACGGAAGCGUGUAGAAGUCACUGCAAGGCCAUCGUUCUUGAAAUAUGAUGAUAAACUUAUAACAUCUUAUGAUGAGUCGAAUGUUGGCACAACAUGCAUAGGAGUUAUCGUUCAUUCUAACCCCAAAUCUUUCUUGGUUUCUUUCUUCAACAAAGUACGAGCAUUUCUUCCGUUCACCAUGGUGGGAGAUGGCUCUUUGAAAAUUGGAAGCAAAGUUCUGGCUCGUGUAAUGAAGUGUUCUGCGGAAGAUGAGAACAUGCUAGUAUCAUUAGCUGAUGCCGCAUCUCUUUCUAAUAAGAAAUUUGUGAAAUAUGAACCCGCUGCUCUUCAAGCCAAAGUCUAUACCGGACGUGUUCAGGAAAUUCGUGUUUCUGAUGUCGGUGGAAGAAGAGUAGAAAAUGUUUAUUUCCAUAUAAAGCAAAAAGGAGAGACACUCGAAGCCUUGUUAUCUUCAUUCCAUGCUUCUGAUACAAUCGACCAAACCGUGGAGAGUUUCACAGAUCUGUUCAAAGUUGGGCAAACUGUAUCAGGAUUGGUUCCAUUAGGUGCUAGCUUUGGUGUGCAAAGGGUUACCUCUAAGCCAUUUGUAAGCCAAUGGAUUGAGGAGAAGAAAUAUACCCCUAUUUCCUUUGAAGAUCUCAAAGAGGAUCGGCUUGUAUGUGGUAUCGUUAUCCAAAAAACUGAAUCUGGUCAUGUUGUUGAGCUUGUUGGAGGUGGUGGAUUAACUGGUAAAAUUGACACCUCAAAAAAGAAGAAUGUCAAAGAGAAAAGUGAUGAAGUUAGUCUUCAAAUCGGGCAAACCGUUGUUGUUAGGAUCUCAAAAGUUUUCGAGGAGGCAAAACAAUUCAUUCUUGAUAGAAGAGUUGAAAACUGUAUCACUGAUCAGCAGAACCUUUUCGAGCUUUCUGAAUUCUUGGCCAAGUCAUAUGUCACUGAGCUCCAAACUCUCUGUUCUUAUGUUAAAGGAAUUCCUGUCAUUGGAUCUUCUGUCAAAGCUACCGUUACCCAUAUUGUGGAUGACACGUUGUUCGUGAAAAUCUCAGAUGAUGUUCUUGGACAUGCGAAAAAAGGAAAUUAUCCAGAUAACGCUAAGGUUGGUGAUAAAUUGACCGGGCUGGUUUUAAGUUACUCUUUCCCCCGUAAAGACGCUGAAAUAGUUUGUACCUUGAAGAAGAAGAAGGGUGAAUCUAGUCAAGCCAGAGUUGUACAAGUAAGGAAAGACUAUUUCAUUGUAUUGCAAGAGAAGAAACUAGUCUUUGUUCCUAAUCGUCUUCACCCCAACAUUACUCCAGCUAACAAAAAUGGACGUUUCAAUAUGGGCGAUGUUGUUGUGCUAAAACACGUUCAAGAUAUGUUUGAUAAUGUUUCAAUGGGCUUCUUCGAAAAUGAUAUCGAAGUACUAUCGAAAUUGUCGAAACAAAAAUCUACUGGAUCGGGGCACCACUCGCUUAAACCUAUGUUUGAGUAUACGGCUACAGUUCUUGGACCUUGGGAUGGAGAGGAUAAAGUACCUUUCGCGGUCAAACUAUCUUUGCCUCAUGAUCAUAUUGGACGACUUCAUAUCUCCGAGUUUCCUGAGAAGUUUGUGCAAGGCAGAAAGAAUAUCGAGAAGUCAUAUGAACAAUUCUUGAAAACUCAUCUAAACAAGAGCAUACACGUUCGUUAUAUUGAGUUAACCAAAACAAAUGACGAAAAGAUUGCUGAAGUUACUAUGAAUGAGAAGAAAUUGGGUCUCAAAAGACGAGGAAAACUGCUUAAUUACGAAACGAAGUUCCAAGGAAGCGGAGUUUUCACUUGUUUCGCUACUGGUGAAACGACUGCUCAAGGUGUUCACGUCGUUCUUAAUCCAUAUGCUGAUGGAUACAUUAGCUUGGAAAGUCUUUCGGACGAAUAUAUUGCGAAGAAUGAAACAUCCGAUACUGGCGCAGUAGUUGAUUUGAAUAUUCCCCGAGGAGAAGUACUUCUGGCUUCAGUUGUCAGUUUUACAUCUCAAAAAAGAAAGAAGUCUCUCAUUCUCAAUAUGUGCUCUAAAGCUGACCUAAAUAGCAAAUGUCAAGAAGGAGAUUCUGUCACUGCCAGAGUUCAAAGCGUUGCUAACAACUUGAGCGUUUCAUUUGUUCUGAAAACGGGUGAAAGAGCUACCCUCGGCCCAACUGCUAUUACGCGAAAAUAUGAGAACAUUGAAGAAGCUUUGAAGAAGUUCCACAAAGAUGAAAUGUAUCAGCUUCGCUUAUUCCGAAAAGAAGAGAAACCUAUUCGAAUUCAUUUGGCUACUGAAGCAAGAUACAAGGAAACUCCAAACACUGAUAGUAAAAAAGUGACUCUCACUGAUCCAAGACAAAUGAUAAAGAGUCUAGAGAGUUUCAAGCAAUUAACUGGACAAACGAUGGAAGGAAUCGUAGUUGGAGUUACUCCCAGGAGCAUUUACGUGGAAUUGAGCCCUGGGCUCAGAGGAGCGUUCAAGACUGAACAAUUACCUGUCGACUCUGAAAUAGCCGUGGGAUCCGUUGUUAGUGUUCUAAUUAUGGUGGUCGAUCGCAAAAAGCUUUGGAUAGGCUUGAAGUUCAAAGCAAUCAUUCAUACAGGCAGCAACUCAACGAUUACUGUUAAGGAACCAAAGUCAGCGAAAAAGAAAGCUUUGAAGCAAAAAAACGAGAAAGUUCAACAAAAGGAAACCGUAGCCAUUGAAGAUCCUGGGUUCGACUUCGACAACACUGGCUUCACCACCGCCGACCUUGCCAACGCUGCUAAACUGGGAAAAGACGUGAAAGCUAUUGAAGGCCAUGACGAAGAUUUCAAAACUAUGAGCGCCGCCGAAGUUAAGAAGAAGCUUGCGAGAAUAAUGGCUGCCGAUAAGACAGAGGCAGAAACAGAAGUUGAACUAGCAGUUGCCGAAAACGCUAUUGCUAAUAACUACGAACCAGUAGAUGAGAAUGAUUUCAACAGGCUAAUCAGAAGAGACCCUAAUACAGCAGAGCCAUGGAUAAAAUACAUGUCAUAUUUCUUAGAGAAAAAUGACUUGGUUAGUGCACGUUCAACUGCUGAGAGAGCGUUGACUUCCAUUCAUUUCAGAGAAGAAGCAGAAAUUUUCAAUGUCUGGAUAGCUUACUUGAACAUGGAGGUAGCUUUCGGAGACAUGAUGACAGUUCGGGCUGUUCUUCAUAGAGCCAUCAAAAACGCAGAUCCUUACAACAUUUACAAGCAACUAGCUUUGAUUUUCACUAAAAAUGAGCAAAUCGAUAAAGCUGAUGAAAUGUAUGAUACGAUAAUAACAAAGUACCGCGCAUCCGGUUUCGAUGCCUGGGUCAUGUACGGUACACACUUGAUGAACACAGAAAGAGUUGAAAAAUGUCGCGACGUGCUGAAGAGGGCUCUCCUUAGUGUUCCUAAGGCUCGCCAUUGUGAUUUGAUCACUCAAUUCGCUCUGUUGGAGUUCAAGAAAGGAGAUCCUGAAAAAGGCCGAACUCUUUUUGAAAAUCUUAUAACAGCAUACCCAAAAAGAACUGAUUUGGUGUCCGUCUAUGUCGAUGCUGUUGUGAAACAUUCGGGAAUUGAAGAUGCGAGAAAUAUCUUGGACCGCGCUUGUAAUUCGAAAAUAAGUAUGCACAAAGCCCGUCCAAUCUUCAAGAAAUGGAUGGAGUUAGAAAACAAAUUUGGAGAUGAGAGCUCUCAACAAUUGGUACGAUCUAAAGCUCAGAAAUGCGUCGCAGAUAUUGUUGAUGAGGUGUAA